UUUCAUGGACCAGUAGCGGCAACUCCACAGGAUUGGAGUGCCUAGUGAGUUCACACGGGUUUUGAUUAUUUGCGCCUCUUACCCACAGGACCCGGGUGUUGCAACUAAAUAGGCGUUUCGAGUUUGGUGGUGAUGGUGAUGUAACACGCUGCAUCUCAGCAAGCACUCCAGAUUUACUAUCUCAUCUUCGCCUCCCGGAUCAUGGGACUCCGCAAACUCUGAAGCACUGUGAGGCCGGAGGAGAGGUGGAGGACGCAAACAGAGAGAGAAAAGGGAGCGAAGACCGAGAAAGGAGCGAUGGAGGCCGGGUCAUCAGAGCAGUCGGCCACGGUGGACGAGCUGGUGGAGGCGUGCAUCCAAGCCUUCGACGAAAAGGGCACUUUGAAGGAUGCCGCCCCGGUCCGCAUGUUCCUCAUGAUGCACCCCUGGUACAUCCCCUCCACCGACAUGGCUAAGAAGCUCGUGCUCAAAACUCAGGAGGAGAGCUGCACCGCCGAGUUACGGACAAGAAUCUGUCACCUCAUCAAGUACUGGAUCUCGGAGUUCCCGGCGGAGUUCAAUCUGAACCCGGAGCUGGCAGAUCAGAUCAAAGACCUCAAAGACCUCUUGACCACUGAGGGCAAUGAGAGCCAGAGCCAGCUCAUUGACAUCGACAGUGUGCCGUCAUACAAAUGGAAGCGGCAGGUGACUCAGCGUGUGCCGUCCGUGUCAAAGAAGAGGAAAAUGUCUCUGCUGUUCGACCAUCUAGACUCCUGUGAGCUGGCCGAGCACCUCACCUACCUGGAGUACAAGUCCUUCUGCAAGAUCCUGUUCCAGGACUACCACAGUUUUGUGAUGCACGGCUGCACAGUGGAUAACCCCAUCCUGGAGCGCUUCAUCACCCUCUUCAACAGUGUCUCCCAGUGGAUCCAGCUUAUGGUGCUCAGCAAGCCCACCGCCCCGCAGAGGGCUGCCGUCAUCUCCCACUUCAUCAGGGUGGCACAGAAGCUGCUCCAGCUGCAGAACUUCAACACCCUGAUGGCGGUGGUGGGCGGCCUCAGCAACAGCUCCAUCUCUCGUCUCAAAGACACGCAGGCCCACAUCAGCGCCGAAACCAACAAGAUCUUCAACAGCCUCAUCGAGCUGGUGACGUCGUGCGGCAACUACAGCCAGUACCGCAAGCGCUUCUCCGAGUGCUCGGGCUUCCGCUUCCCCAUCCUGGGCGUGCACCUGAAAGACCUCAUCGCCGUGCACGUGGCGCUGCCCGACUGGGCCGACAAGGAGAAGACGCGGGUCAACCUCGCCAAGACCCAGCAGCUGUACGCCAUCCUGCAGGAGCUGGCGCUGAUCCAGAUCACGCCGCCCAACGUGGACGCCAACACAGACCUGCUGAACCUGCUCACGGUGUCUCUCGACCAGUACCACACAGAGGAGGAGAUCUACCAGAUGUCCUUACAGAGAGAGCCUCGCAGUGCCAAGCCCGCGAACUCCAGCCCCGCCCCCGCACCUGAGCCCAAGUCCAGCAUGAUUGACGAGUGGGCGGUGUCGGUGAAGCCCAACGCCGACCCGACCAUCAUUAAGAAGCACAUUGAGAAGAUGGUGGAGUCCGUCUUCAAGAACUUCGACACGGACGGCGAUGGCCACAUCUCCAGGGAUGAGUUUGAAGCAAUCAGGAACAACUUUCCUUACCUCAGCAAGUUUGGAGAACUGGACAAGAACCAAGACGGGAAGAUCAGCCGUGAGGAGAUGAUAGAUUACUUUAUGAAAGCCAGCUCCCUGCUGAACUGUAAGAUGGGAUUCAUCCACACCUUCACCGAGGCCACCUACGUCAAGCCCACCUUCUGCGAGCACUGCGCCGGCUUUAUAUGGGGCUUCUACAAGCAAGGCUACAAGUGUAAAGCCUGCGGGGUGAACUGCCACAAGGCCUGCCGGAGUCGCCUGGCGGUCGAGUGCCGAAAGAGGACCAAGAGCAUAAGCCACGAGGCGCCGCCCACCCUCCAGGCCCGGUCCUACAGCUUCCCUCCGCCUGCUAACACCCCGCCCAGCCUCCAGAACACAGUAAUUGCUGAAGAGGACAUAGAGACAGUGGAAGAAGGAGUGUUUGAUGUCCAUCUAUAACCAGAGUCCCUUCGAUGGCUGGUGUGCAAAAGGCUGAAUCAACUGGUGGGAGCCAGAGGCUGAGUGUGCUGCAGUGUGUCAGUUUAAUAGCCCCCAAGACUGAGAAGGGGAGGACAUUGCACUGAACACAAGCCCGGUUACCUACAUGCUGCCACACGGUGGACACUCACUGCUACUGCAACAGCAACUUCCCUCCACUUACACAUAAUGAAUGUGACGAGAAAUGUGAACUCCAAUGGAAUGUCUUUGUAUGUGACUUUCUAUGUAAAAUCUCUGCAUUUUGGUUAAAUGUCAACCCAGAGUGUUAUACUGUAAAAUCAUGUUAAGACUUGCUAUAUUAAGAAAAAAAUCCACAUAAUUGUAUUUUCUGGAUGGAAUUUUGAGGUCAUGUCAGUUUAUGGCUUCUUGUUGAUUACACUUUGCUGCAGAUUGGAUCAGUCGAUGUAAUAACCCUAUGUUUCCUUAAAAUAUAACAGAGGUGCUGUUCUUGCCAAGAAUGUAAACCCGCUACUCAGACUAAGCUACUGUCUUCUUUUCCUGAGAGGCGCAGCUUUUUAUUGUUUGUCAUCUUGUUUGGAAAAAAAAAACAUUUCGAUGGACCAAUUAUAGGACCAAUUUUCUUGUCAGAAAACAAACAAACAAACAAACAAAAAAAAAGACAUACUCUUGUGGAUUUGUAAUAACCGUCUGAAAUAUAAUGGCAAAAACAACCAUCUUGCCGACAAAAGAAACAGCUGGAGUGACAGUGUGGACAGUUAUAAUUAGAAUGGACUAAAAACACUGUCACUCUCAGUGUUUUUGUCAUGUUUACCUUAAUAUCAGUAACUGUACUAUGGUUAUUGCUGUGGUGUUGUUUUCAGUAUAGAGUACUGUCUUGUACCAGUGCACUGAUAGAUAACCUAUCCUCCUGCAGUACUAUGAAUGUAGCAGACACAGUAAGACUCCGCUGUCAAAUGAAAACCUCAAAAUGUAUCCAAAUAAACGGCUUGACAGAGGAGAGCGCUAAACCAGCUAAUAUGUCCACUGAUGCCUGCAGUGUUUUUAAAGGAUAUAUAUUUAUUUUUGAAUGGGUUUCAUGAGCUCCGGCAUGCUGAGACUGUCAGUAAGAAUGAAAUAAUCAAGAGAAUAACACCAAAACUGGAGUAAUGAGCUUUUCACUUGACAGCAGUGGAGAAAAGAUAUUACCCUGAGAAUCUAUUUUGAUGCGAGUUGUAUUUUGCUGUUUUAUCCUGCAUGCUUCCUCUUUCACGGCUCCACUCUCUGGCCAGAUGUCUCCGUUGCUGAGGAUAUUUUUAAUGUAGCACGCCAAGUUAUCAUUUAUUUAGGAAACAUGAAAACCUGAAUGCCAGAGUGAAGACAUCAGUAAAUAUUUCUGUUGCUUUGUGCCUGUUGAGAGAUUUUCAGACUUCAAGUGCCAUAUUGUUAACUGCUGGUUUUGUCCUUGACUGAGGUUCCCCGCACAGCUGUCGCUACUACUUCAUUCUUUUUGGUAUUUUCCAAAUAGCUGCCAGUCUUUAUGUGUCAGCCUUUGCUCAACUUAAGACUAUUUGUUGUUAUUCUGUGACUGAAUCUUUCAGGCUGAUAUCAAGCUACCCCUUGUGGUCCACAGACAGUUCCCUCAGUAUUAAAUGCGGCAUCACUGUAAUGUGUGUUUUUGCUCAGAAUUCCUGUGAGAAAUAAUGAUAUA